AUGUCACGACACGAAGACCUCGAUCGCCUACCAAACGGAAGAAUUACGAACGAUUACUUGAGAAAGUUAUGUAAAAGCAAAGGAGGGUACAUGACGGAAAAGCUAAACGAAAAGCUUUACCUUCAGCAUAAAGGGGUAACAAAAAUCGAGAAUUUAGAUAAGUUUACCGGAGUGAAAGUCUUGUGGUUGGAAUCGAACGCUGUGAACAAAAUUGAAGGGUUGGAGUCUUUGAAAGAGUUAUCCUGUCUCUACAUUCACCAAAAUUGUAUUGAACACAUUGAAGGGAUUUUCCAUUGCCAAAGUCUUCAUACCUUGAACAUUUCCGAAAACUUUAUUAGCCACAUUCCUGAGGAAUUGGGAAAAUGCUGUACCAAUCUUCAAACUCUGGAUUUGAACAGCAAUCAAUUGAGAACUUUGGAUUCUAUCAAAGCGUUGAAAUAUUGUACAAAGCUAUCUAUUUUGGACCUUAGUAAGAACAAGUUGUUUGAAUCAAUCCCCGAAAACAUGACUCAAGAGCAACUAAUUGAAGAAUUUCUUGCAACAUUGAGAUCACUCUCAGAAUUAAAAUUGCUUCGGCUUGAGGGAAACCCGCUUGUUAGAAUGAUUCCCAAUUAUCGAAAGGAAAUUAUAGCACAGUUUCCAUCUUUAAACUAUUUGGACAAUAUGCCAAUUUUCGAGGAUGAACGAAGAACAGUAAAUGCUUGGAAGCGAGGUGGAGUGGAAGAAGAGAGAGAGGAAAGAAAAAAAAUUGCUCAAGAGAAGAAAGAUAAAGAGAGGAAAAACUUUGAGGCCUUUGAGAAAUUAGUUGAAAACGCAAGGAGAGAAGCACAAAACAAUCACAAAACUGAUGAAAAAGAAAAUGACACCAACCAAGAUGACGAAAUGGUUGAACUCAAGACUCCAGACGCAGCUGCUCUCAUGACUUUGAAAACCAAUCAGGAUCAAGAGCAACCAACCAAAACAGAGGAGAUACCAGUGGACGAUGUUGCACGUAGUGACGAAGAAAGUUUAUUUGACAUUGAAUAA